AUGACUAAAAUUUCUCAUUUUCAACACCCCCGUUUAGCUACUAUUUUAUUUCUGAUCAUUUUAAUUUCUCAAUUUCUCCAUUGGGACAAGCAAACAUCGGUGGAGGCAUCCUGGGCUGAUCCAUAUACCAGAGGCACUAUUCUCUACAAUCUUGUGGGACGCAAACGCCGUUUUGCUGUGAUGGAUAAGUUAUUGCGAAAGCGACGUGAUCAGGCCUCAAAUCAAGCCAAAACACUCUAUAGUGAGGAUACUGCAGCGGAUAGAAGUAAACAUCAAUAUGCCGAUUUUAUGACUAGUGGAACUAUUUUAAACAACCUUGUGGGUUGA